AUGGAGGAUGGUAGUGGAUUUGAUGGGGGAAAUAAGGAGCAAGGUGGUGAGAGUGGUGAGAGUAAUGGGAGUGAUGGUGGAACUCUUGAGCUCACUGUGUGCACGGGCCCUCUCUUCUUUGACAUCUCACCCCUGUGGCUGGAGUGGCUGCACUUCGUGCACCUCAUGGGAGCACACCACGUCACAGCAUACGCCAUCGACAACGAUAGCUACUCCCUCUCCUCCCUCUCCCGUGCUCUCCUCCGCUUCUCCGCCCUCCGCUGGCCCGCCUUCCUCUCCCUCGUGCUGUGGGACCUGCCUUUCACCGAGGUGAACGGGCUACCCAACCAGCGGCCGUCUGGUGUGGACAUGCACUACAGGGCCCAGCGCCUCUUCCUCCUUGACUGCUACUGCCGCUCCCACCCCCACUCUCCCUCUCACUCCCGGUCUCCCUCGCACGCCCUUCUCUUCCUUGACCUGGACGAGUUCCUGGCUCCGCCCUCCUUCUCCCCGUUGCUGCUCAAGAGCCUGCCAUCACUGGAGAGCAUACCUCGUACCUGCUCUGAGUUGGAUGAUGCUGCUGACAGGCGCAGCACUACGCCUUCAUCUCACCACCGCCAUCUGUCUCCUCCGAGGCUUGUGCGACCCUCACAUGCCACUCCUCUCUCCCCUCCCCGUUCCUCCCAUCCCCCUCUCUUCCGCCUCCCCUUGUCUCCUCACCAUCGUCACCACCAGCUACUCCGUGAUCCCACCACUGGAAUGCUUCUCUUCCGCAGCUGGUGGUAUCCGCAUGUGCCCGCUCCUCCCUCACCUCCUCCUCCGUCGUCCCCUGAUGCUGCUGCGUUUCUGCACAUCCCAACCCAGGUAAGUGUUCCACUCAACUCUAAUUUCCUCCCCGCAUCUCUUUCUGUCAUCAGAAUACCAAGCUCUCUCUUCCCCGCACGCCCCCUUCCACUCUCUUUGUCUCCCCACCCUUUCUCUUCCUUUCACUCCCUCAUCCCAUUCUGUCAUUUAUCGUGUCUCCCUAUAACCCCUCCCCUUCCCCCAUGA